AUGCCGUCCGUGGGCGUUGCAAUGGCGAGGUCCUUGCGACCUGCAUCUUUGGAAUUGAUUAGGGACGCACUCGUCCGAUCAGUUGCAGCAACCUUGACAAGGAGAAAUAUUGUGACCGAUACCCAAAACAAAAUUACCGAUGUUAAAACAGCAUUUUCCAGUUGGGACAACUGUAUGAAGGCUUCGUUUUGCAAGUGGCCGGUCAUUGCCGUCAUCAUCGUCGGUGGCCUCAUCAUUGCGUCCAUCAUAUGGUGCAUUGUCAGAUGCUGCUGUUGUGGGUUGUCAUGCUGCUGCAGCUGUUUUCAAUGUCUGAAGUGCUGUGGCAAUUGCUGCGGCUGCUGCGAUCCUCCCGGUGGCCGCAAGCACAAAUAUCUUGACGAGCCAUAUAUCCCGCCGCAUCAUGGUCAAGGCUACAGAACCGAAGCCCCGAUGCAAGCACGGAACAUGCCUUCGGCUCCGUCAAAGUUUGAACCACCUCAGUAUGCCGAGUUUGACGUCUCUAAGAAGGGUGGCGAAGACGCGCUGCCUCAGAUGCCAAGUUGGGAUCAUGCCGGGUCGAAGAAAGUCAUGAUGGAGGAGGAAGUCGAGAUGUCCAACCUGAAGAAGUCGCCCACGUUGCCCCUGAACAACAGCCGCAUGAAUUCUCCAUCUCCCGGUCCCGUGAGUCCCAUGAGCGUCAACCACAACCGUCCAUAUGGAAAUCUUCCUGGCAGCUCCAGUGGACAAAUGUCCAACCACAGCCAACAAGCGCUGGUGCCAAAUCAGCAAUCUCCCGGUUAUAGCCACCACAGCCAAGGGCCAUACGGAGCCCGGGACCAUGGGUAUCAAAACAACUUUGACGCAAAUCGUCAAUCCGCCGGCUUCGGUUUGGACGACCCGUAUGACGACCACGCCCCUGCAUCUGCUACAAACGGUUAUGGACACUCUGGACAACAGACUCAGCCCUAUGGCGCUCCUGGACAUCACCCAUACGACGCAACCGCCUACGGUGCUGCCGGCGCCGCCGGCGUGGCGGGAGCCAUGGCGAUGCGAAACCAGACUACCAGCCCACACCAUCAACCCUACGACACUCCUCCAGUUAUUGGUGCUGGUAUGGGCCCCGGUGGUCGUCACUCCCCAGCUCCAGCUCAAACUCGUGCUCCAUAUGGGCAGGAGCAAGUCCACGAGCAGUUUGCCGAAAUGCCAGCCAUUCCACACGACCGCAACAGCGUCCACAACUCGGUUCAAGCUGAUCAACACCACAGCUCGCACACCGAUUACACGGCGCCGCGGGAACUAGUUGGAAGCCCCUUGCCUGAAGCCAAUAGCAUGGGACGACCAGGCACAGCAGACAACAAUGCUUCAUCGCUAGCUGGCGGUAAACCGCCCUAUGGCAUGGAUCCUCGUAUGAGAAACUCCCCAGGUCCGAGACAAACCCCAGGACCUCGGGGCGAAGGUGCCUACGGCCGCCCCCCGCGAAGUACGCCCGGCCCUCGCAACGACCAAGUAUACGGCCGUCCGCCUCCGUCACCUCGCGACAAUGUACAUAGAACCUACUCGCCAAUGCCACCUCGGCAGUUCACGCCUGGGCCGGAGCGUCGAUUCUCGCCAGCACCAGACCGUCAGCGUACCCCAGGGCCGCAUCCCCUUGCCAAGCCUGUACCCAUAGCGCCGCCGCCCACAAACACCUUUGUCCAGUCACCACCUCACUCUCCCAUCACCAAUACCGGAGGAUUCGACUUCACGUCUGGAUACUCAAGGCCAAAGGAGUAUGAAACCCCUUCUCCUCCGUCCCAAUCACCCACAACGGCAGCAUACCCUGGACAAAAGACAUAUCAACCGCGAUAA